GGGGGUGGAGGCGGGAGUGAAGUCUCGCGAGAAGAGGAGGUUUCGUAGCGGAGCCCUCUGGCUGAGAGUGUCUGACGAUCCGCCGCCGCAUCCGCGGACGGUUUACUGAGCCCGUUAGUGCCCCUGCCGAGGGAGACUUCGAUCGCCGUCAUGUCCCGCUACCUGCGCCCCCCCAACACGUCUCUGUUCGUAAGGAAUGUGGCCGACGACACCAGGUCCGAAGAUUUACGACGAGAAUUUGGUCGUUAUGGUCCUAUAGUUGAUGUGUAUGUUCCACUUGAUUUCUACACGCGCCGUCCAAGAGGAUUUGCUUAUGUUCAAUUUGAGGAUGUCCGUGAUGCCGAAGACGCUUUACAUAAUUUGGACAGAAAAUGGAUUUGUGGACGCCAAAUUGAAAUACAGUUUGCACAGGGGGAUCGGAAGACUCCAAAUCAAAUGAAAGCCAAGGAAGGGAGGAAUGUGUACAGCUCUUCACGCUAUGAUGAUUAUGACAGAUACAGACGUUCCAGAAGCCGGAGUUAUGAAAGAAGAAGAUCAAGAAGCCGGUCCUUUGAUUACAACUAUAGAAGAUCUUAUAGUCCUAGAAACAGUAGACCGGCUGGAAGACCACGGCGUAGCAGAAGCCAUUCCGACAAUGAUAGAUUCAAACACCGAAAUCGAUCUUUUUCAAGAUCUAAAUCCAAUUCAAGAUCACGGUCCAAGUCCCAGCCCAAGAAAGAAAUGAAGGCUAAAUCACGUUCUAGACCAAACUGCAGCUGGAAUACCCAGUACAGUUCUGCUUACUACACUUCAAGAAAGAUCUGAGAAAGCGGAAAAAGAACCAAAGAAGGGCAGUUCAAGCGACCAAAGGGUGGGUGGAAGGUGCUGCAGUAUGAAUACUGUACGAAUAUUUUGACUCUGGUCUGAAAAGAUAAAAGAAUGUUAUCGAAACUACAUGGAAUAAUUGAAGUCCCUUCAAGUUUGAAAGUAAGCAUUUUAGGACAAAUAAAAGGAAAUUCAACUUUGUACUUGUGGAAAACUAAUCCCUAAAUCUGAAUAGGUUUAUAUUGAUUCAUGGGUAACAGGUCCGUAAUAAAUUACUGGAAACUAGGAUGUCUGAAUAUCAAGGAAGACAGCCAUAGUCUCUUACAGUGCCUCUAUUGGUCUGUCUCAAACUGAAUUGGGUGAGAAAAGGUAUGGUCCAAUAUAAACUUUUUCUUGGUUAUCUCUUAAAGUCAGUUUCAUUUUUGCUAUUGGCAUAUCUUGCCGUUGUUUAUUCCAGUGCCAGUGUUUUUCUGCUUAAUGAUUUGCUUUGUUGGCAUCUGAGUUUAUUUACUUGUAUGCCAUUUGCAGUUUACAUCUUCCUUACACUCUCCCAGAUAAAUUCCGAUUAUAAUACUUGACAUCUAGCUAAGAGGGUCCAUCUCUUCUCACCUCGGUCCUAAGUCAGUAUAUUCAGCAAACAUUUAUUUACUGAGCCCUUAACUGUGGGCAAAAAUUGUACUGGGUAAUUGGGGAGAAAAUUCACUUACUGAAUAAAUGUCUACUGAGCACAAUCUAGUGAAUCAUUACAGUGUGGCCUCAUUGUUUGAGGCAUAUUCAUAACUCUUUUACACCAUUCGUAUCUUAAUGUAAUUAUAAAACCCAGAAUACUAUCAAAGGUAAUUUUUGUGGUUAUCUGCCAUUUAAAAGUAUCCAGUAUUUGUUUGCAUCCCAUUAAUACAAAUAAUGAAAAAAUGUUUUAAUCUGUAAUAAACUGAUUUAUUGUGCAGUGACUGUAAUAUACUAGAGUCAUAUUAAAUUGUUAACUCUGCCUCCUCAAACACAUUAGGAAAUAAUCCCCAAAAUAAGUAUUUAACUUUGCAAUAGAUAUAAAGGAGACUCUGGGUGCUAUAAUUAGAUUAUUUUGAGGCAGACAGAGAGCUGUUAUCCCAGCUGAUUUAGUAUGUUCUGUAAUUGAGAAAAUGUUCACCAGAUUAUACUUUUUAGUGAUUUACAUGUACAUUUUAUAGGGGACAUGUUCUGUGUAUAGUGAAUAAAUAACUUUUAUAGUAUCACAAAAAUGUUUUGGAUUCCUUAGUUCCUUAUUAGGAUAUGAAGUUUGUUUAUAUGUUGAUUCAUCCAUCACUCACAUUUGAUUUUUGUCAAAUUUCUGCCGCAUAUUUUAAGCCUUUUAUGUAAAGUUACUCAUCUAAAAAUAUGGAAGUGUUUAAGCCUUUAAUUUAUAAAAAAAAUUUUGAAAAUACUGCAAAAUACACAUAAUUGGGAAAUAAGAAGGGGAGGUAUUUUUACCUCCAUUUGGUUAAAAAAAUGUUUUCAAACUUGCUUAACAUCACACAGCAAUUAAGUGGCAGAUCCAAGGUUAGAGUUCAUGAUUUUUUCAUUUGAUGGUUCCUCUUUACUGUUUUGUGCCCCCACCUUUUUUUUUUAAUAAAAUGGGAAAUUUUUUAUAACAAAAGUAAUAUAAUGGAAUAUAGAGUUCACAUGGAAGGAAGAAUUAAUAGAAUAAUGAAAAAAGAUUUAGUAUCAAAAAGUAUUUUGUUUGCAAUCUUUCUGGAUGAAAAAGAGGUUAAAUACAACAUGAGAUGUCACAGCUAUUGUGACUCAGGCUCUCUAUCCUGGCUUUCCAAAUUUCAAUCUUGUAUUGGUUUUUGACCAUAUUCUUGUUUACAAAAUCCUGAGAUACUUUGAAAAAGGGAGGCUAUGACUUAAGACAGCACAGUGACAGCUGAGGAAUAUCUUAACAGCAUUUCUACCAGGAGGUCAGAGCUUUUUAGGAGUAAACUGCUCUCAUUGAUAAAUGAAGUAAGCAGCCUAUUUGUUGUCAUUCAUUCAACUACUGACAUCUUAACAGAUGUCAGUAGUUGCUAUAGGAAAGUUUCCUGCUCUUGGUUUCUUUUUCCUCUGCCCCCCCCCCCCAAAACAGUGUUGGUUAUGUUUAUUGCAUUGUGUUUAUGUAUUCCUAACAGUUGUUUCACCCUAUUGAAGUCGGGACUCUCUAUUUGGAAUAAAAAGCAAGGCAUGUAAAUUCCUUUCAUUGAUAACUGACAGAGUAGUUUGUAAUGAAGUAAAAAAGCCUUUGUGUCUAGUAUUUUGUAGAUCCCAUCUCUUUGAAUGCUAGAGUGAAAUAAACUGGUCUAGGAGCCAAAAA